AUGAACCGAAUUCUUGAGGUGAAUGACAAGCACUGCUAUGCGCUCGUCGAACCGGGUGUUACAUUCUUCGAUCUUUACGAUCACUGCAAGAAGAAGAGCCUGAAGGUCUAUCCUUCGGUGCCUUCCCUCGGUUGGGGCAGCAUCGUGGGUAAUACCCUGGACCGAGGAUGGGGCUAUACACCCUUGGGCGAGCAUUGUCUUGCGCAAUGUGGCAUGGAAGUCGUGCUCCCGACCGGACAAGUUCUGCGCACCGCCAUGGGUGCCAUCGCCGACAGUUCAACGUGGCAAUGCUUCAAGCCAGGCUAUGGCCCUUCGCUUGACUCCUUGUUUUUCCAAUCCAAUUUCGGCAUCGUCACCAAGAUGGGAAUCUGGCUAUAUCCGCAGCAGGAAGGCUUUAUGAGCUGCAAUGUAUCUAUUGAUCUCGAGGAGGACUUGGUGGUCCUGGUCGACAAAUUGACUCGUCUGUAUCAAAGUGAUGUUUUGCAAAACCAUCCGGUAAUUGGCAAUGUCAUCCGCACCCUGGCGGCAUCUGGACCGAGAGAUCAAGUCUUUCGCGGAACCGGGGCGAUACCAGAUGAUAUAAUCGACGCGAUCAGGAAGCAACGGGGUUGGGGCUUCUGGAAUGCGCGCUUUGCUUUCUACGGCAGUGAAACGAUGAUGAACGCGCGGUGGUCAGCCAUUCAGGCGGCUUUCUCUGAUGUCAAGGGCUGCAAGCUCACAAACGAGACUUUUCUAGCUCGCGACUCAUCCCGCCUGCUUCGUGCAGACGAAGUAUCAGUCAGUGAGAGUGGUGGUACUCAGAUCGGCCUUCCAAAUCUACUUCGGUUGCAGUCGAUCAAAUUUCGCGGAACAAACGGCGGACAUAUUACCUUCUCCCCCGUACUGCCGCCGGAUGGUGAUGCAGUCUUCCAAUUCUAUCUCGUGGGAAAGGAGAUUAGCGCAAAGCACGGGUUCGAUUUUUACGCCGGAUUUCAUUUAUACCCUCAUCACCUCAACCAUUUAAACUUGCUAUACUACGACAAUGACAGUGAGCAAGAAAAGGCCGCCGCGCACGCUUGCUUCCUAGAACUCCUGAAUUCGGCAAGAGCCAGGGGAUAUUCCGAAUACCGGACUCACCUCAACUUCAUGGACGUCGUGGCUGCGCAAUAUGACUUCAACAACCACAUUCAUUUGAGAUUCACUCAAGUGCUGAAAGACGUCAUUGAUCCCAACGGAAUACUUGCUGCUGGGAAGUCGGGGAUAUGGCCGCGGGAAUAUCGAAAAAGCAAGACGGAUCAAGGCCUUGGUUUGCUGAGCUCCUUGUCCCACCGCGGUCGACUGUGA